AACCUCUACGACUCAUCCUAUUACAAAGACAACAUUGAAAACACCAUGACUACUCAACCCCCGCACUAUUCUUCCACCUUCGGGACCCCUCACCAGGAUCCCAGCUCCACCACCCCGACGGGCACUCAUCUAACAGGGGCCAACCAGGCGGCCUCUGAACACGACACCACGGGGGUCGGACACCAGACUGCGCCAGUGUCUAGCAGUCACCAGACGUCGUCAACUGGCGCGGGCGCGGGGGGCUCCGAGGCAGCUAAGAAAGGUGAACAGCUCGGACAGGGAGUGCAUUCUACUGUGGCAGGAAUCCAUGGCUUUGGAGAGAGUCUUCGAGGGGGGCUAAAUGCGGCCGUUGACAAAGCCUUUGGCCACGACGAAGGAGUCGCAAAGAAUGCGAAUAUUGCCGAGAAGGGCGAGCGAGAGGUUCAGUCUGGCCAUUUUUCUGGUCAUUGAGAUAUGAUCGUUCUGCUUGAUCGCCCAAUGCAGGCUGUGCGGUUCUAAUACGAUGUUACGGACGAAAUCAUGUUUGAUUAUGACUAUUGAAAGCGAUGUACACUAUGGAGCAUAUGGUUGAUUUGAUAUGAUGAUUUGGCUGUACGAUUCCCGGUUGAGAAACCUGGCCCCACAUACACUUAGAAAUAUAACCACAAUGCCCCAAUCACCAGGCAUGUGGCUUUCUUAAUCUAAAUCAUACCAAUCGACCAGUUUUAACUACA